CCACAUAAUCAAUGAGCUGAUAGAAACCGAACGGGUUUAUGUAGAAGAACUUCAAAGUAUAAUAGAGGGGUAUGCUUCAGAAAUGGACAAUCCCAAUUUAGUGCAUCUGAUUCCAUCUGCACUCCAGAACAAGAAGGAAAUCCUUUUUGGGAACCUCCCAGAAAUCUAUGAAUUCCACAACAGGAUUUUCCUUAAGGAGAUAGAAAAUUGCAUUGAAAACCCUGAGCUUCUUGCCCGAUGCUUUUUGAAAAGAAAAGAGGACCUCCAAAUAUAUGAAAAAUACUGUCAGAACAAGCCGAGGUCUGAAGCUCUCUGGAGACAGUGCGGAGACAGCAUCUUUUUUCAGGAGUGUCAGCGUAAACUGGAUCAUAAACUCUCCCUAGAUGCUUAUCUCUUAAAGCCAGUCCAGAGAAUCACCAAGUACCAGUUGCUGUUAAAGGAAAUGCUGAAGUGUAGCAAGAACUCGGAGGGCACCGCUGAAUUGGAAGAAGCCCUGGCCACGAUGCUUGAUAUCAUCAAAUCGGUCAAUGACUCCAUGCACCAGAUAGCAAUCACAGGCUACGAGGGGGAUGUCAGUGAGCUUGGCAAGCUGUUGAUGCAAGGCUCCUUCAACGUGUGGACUGACCACAAGAAGGGGCACAACAAGGUGAAGGACUUGGCUAGAUUCAAACCCAUGCAGAGACACCUCUUCCUCUAUACAAAGAUGCUGCUUUUCUGCAAGAAACGGGAGGAGAACACAGAUGGCCAUGAGAAGUCGGCUUCAUACAGCUUUAAAAAUUCGUUAAAGAUGAGCACUGUGGGCAUUACAGAGAAUGUAAAAGGGGAUAACAAGAAGUUUGAGAUCUGGUAUAAUGGCAGAGAAGAGGUCUACAUCAUCCAGGCAUCUUCUGUUGAGCUGAAAAACACCUGGAUUUCAGAGAUUCGCAAAGUCCUGACAGGACAACUGGAAGCAUGUAGAGAGGCAAGUCAACUGCACCAAAGAAUCACCGAGAGUGUGUACCAUGCACCAAUGGAUUCCUCCAAUGCAAGCAGGUAUAGCAGGAAAUCAUCAAGCAUAUAUGAAAACAAAUCUGAGACAUCAAAUGUGGAAGCAUCUAACAAUAAAAACAGGAAUUCCAGUCCCAGUGCCAGACAAAAGAGAGUUGAUGCUUCCACCAGCCUUAACCUUGAGCGCACAGCGCUUGCUAGAAAGCGAUUCACAUUGCAAGGUCUUUCCAACCGCAGAGCUCCACCCAAAGAUCCAGAAUCAAAGGAAAGAGAAGUUACCCGUCGCUUUUCCCUAGCCUCCUCCAUCAGCACCACAGUUAAUGCUCCUGCUGUGACCAAAGGUCCCCUUGUUCCUGCAGUUAAAGUCAAGAGACACGAAAUAAAGAGUGACCCAACUCCCCUGGGGUUUGAAGAUGCUUUUGAGAACACCAUAUUGGCCCAGACUAAAUGUAAUACCGGUUCCACCACGAGACCUGUACCUAGAUCAGCUUCACAGACAGGUUGGCCCAGCAGGCAAAUGCCGUCUCUAGACACAUUUGAAGAUUUCGAAGCCAUCCCCUCCAGCACAGACGAACUCUCCAACUCUUCGGACUUGGAGGAAGAGACCAACCCUAACAAUGGCACCAAUCUUUUCCGGGUAGAAGGCAGUUUUGACAGCUGUUUCCCAGACUCUCUUACACUCGAGGACGGAGAUCUAGUGCAGUUUGUGCAGGAAGGAGAAAACGGUCAAUGGUUAGUGAAGAAACUGGUCUCUGAGAAAAGCGACUGGGUUCCUUCCAGUAUAUUGCAGCCAGCAGAGGGGGACAGCAACAACAUAAUUAAGAACAGCAACGCAGACAUGUACAACGAUUCCUGCAGCACGGCCUCAGUAGAGUCCGACACCAAGGAGAGCGAGGUGGCCAGAAGCUUCCCAGCAGAACAGAGGGCUGGCAGCUGA